AUGGACUUCCACGGCUCCUCGCCGUUCCCGGAGGGUGUCAUCUCCUUCCUGGACACGGAUCUUUACAAGUUGACUAUGCAAUGCGCCGUCUUGAAAUACUUCGCAGAUGUCAAUGUAUCCUAUGCAUUCCACAACAGAACCCCAGACAAGAAGCUCUCUAGGACGGCAUUCCGCUGGCUCCAAGCUCAGAUCAGCAAACUUGGAAAUAUCGCCCUCUCAAAUGACGAAUACCGCUAUCUGCAAACAACAUGCACGUAUCUUAACAAGCCUUAUCUUGAAUUCCUGAAGGAAUUUCGCCUUAAUCCCCGCGACCAGAUCGAAGCCACAUUUGCUCCCGACAACGACACUGGAGGCGACAACGAUGUUGGGACAUUCUGCCUCAUGGUUAAAGGACGGUGGGUUGAGACUAUUCUCUACGAAAUCCCUCUUUUGGCAUUGACAAGCGAGGCAUAUUUCCGGUUUAUGGACAAGGAUUGGACAUACGACGGCCAAGAAGAAAAAGCCUACGGUAAGGGAAUGCGCCUUCUGGAGGCCGGUUGCGUGUUUUCUGAAUUCGGGACCCGGAGACGGCGAGACUACCAUACCCAGGCAUUGGUCAUUCGUGGCCUAAUGAAGGCGAAUAAGGAAGCCGAAAAGACCGGCCUGCCCGGAAAGCUCUCAGGGACAAGUAACGUUCAUCUAGCUAUGAGAUUUGGCAUCCCACCUGUUGGGACCGUUGCCCAUGAAUGGUUCAUGGGGGUGGCAGCUAUCACUGGAGACUACAAGACAGCCACCACUACAGCAUUAAACUAUUGGGUUGACUGUUUUGGAGAAGGUGUGCUUGGAAUUGCCCUCACUGAUACUUUUGGUACUCCGGCCUUCCUGAAAGCUUUUGGUCAGCCUAUGACACAAAUGGCAGCUUCAGAACCUGGUGCCUUGGCUGAUGGUGUUGGUACCGAGGAAAUCCCUUCCAACACCCCGUUGGAUGUCCAGGGAGGAAAGCCAAAAUCCUUUGCAGACGUCUUCACUGGUGUUCGGCAGGAUUCAGGCGACCCGGUGAAUUUCGUGAAGAUGAUGCGAGAGUUUUAUGAUGAGGAGGGGAUCACUGAGAAGAAAACUAUCGUCUUCUCAGAUUCUUUGAACAUCGAUCUCUGUCUUGAAUACAAGAAGAUCGCUGACGCAGCAGGCUUCAACACAACAUUUGGCGUCGGAACUUUCUUCACCAAUGAUUUCGUGCAGCAAAGCACUGGGAAGAAGUCAAUUCCUCUCAACAUCGUUAUCAAGUUAGACUCUGCUGCUGGAAGCCAAGCGAUUAAAAUUAGCGACAAUAUCGGAAAGAAUACAGGUGAUAAGCAAACGGUCGAGAAGGUCAAGAAGGAAUUGGGAUAUGUUGAACGGGCCUGGGCGGCUGGUGACGAAGCACGGCGAUGGGGCUCGGAAGACGAACCUCAGAAGUAA